AUGCCACCCCUCAGUUUGUACGACACGGCCGUCUUGCCCAUGAUACGCGUCCUCAACAUCCUCUCCAAGAUCCUCAAGAAAGGAGAAGAUUUUGCCAACACAAAGGGGAUGCCACAUUCCGAAAUCCUCGAAUGCCGCAUUGCGCCUGACAUGAAAGAGCUACCAUUUCAAAUCCAAACUGUUUCGGACACUGCCAAGUUCCUGGCUGUCCGUGUCGGCGGCGUCGAGAACCAGUCAUGGGAUGACAACGAAAAAACCUUCGAUGAGCUGCAGGCCCGCAUUGCCAAGACCAUCAAGUUCCUUGAGGGUGUGAAACGAGAGGACUUUGAGGGAAAGGAGGGUAAUGAGGUCACCAUCCGGGACAGGAAAUUCAACGCAUUGAGCUAUGUCAACGACUUUGCCUUGCCGAAUUUCUACUUUCACGCCGUCACAGCGUACGAUAUCUUGAGGAUGAAAGGUGUGGAUAUCGGAAAGCUGGACUGGCUUGGCUGGAGAUGA